AUGGAGACUACAGGCGGUAGUUCAGCUUCUGACUCCUCUGAGAGAUCGGAGCUGGCCGUAUACGAGCCUUCUGUAUACGAGUCGGCCGGCUAUGAGCCUGCUGUUCCUGAAACUGAGCCUGCUGCCUACGACCCCACUGUCACCUCCUCACCCGUUGAUUCGCUGCCGGACGCACCUACGUCCACAAGUCACCCAGGCGCCGAAGCAGAAGUAGAACCACCCCCAGAACUAACCACGCUCGUGCCAGGCGACCACACGACCCACCACAACCACGCCCAUCACAACAACGGAACGCCUGCAGCACACAUUCCUCAGUUUGACCCACGCGCGCUUCUCAACCCAACAUCGUCGAAUCCGAAGCGCCCUGCGUCAUCCGGUAACGACACUGACCGCGGUCGUACUGACCCCACUAUUGCUGGACAAGUCUCGCUUGUCGAACGCCUACACAACGUUCAAGAACGUACGUCAUCACCUGCCAAGCGCAUCAAAACAGAAGAUCCGCGGAGGCAGAAGAAUAGCAAUCGGGCCAAAUUUGCGGGUGGGAGUGCACUUGACCUCAGCCAGAACGGGCAAUCACCGGCUCCACUGCCGCAGGGACCGGCAAUCGACUUGACCAUGAGCGACGACGAAGAUGAAAUCCAAGUCGUUCAUGACAACAGCAACGAUGACAUCUGCAUUGGCAAGCUCAAGCAGACCUACAUACAGGCUCACAUGGUUCCUUUUCCUGACCCCAAAAAGUUCGCUGGCAAUCAUGGUGGCCAAAGCAGGAUUAAGGUAUCUUUCCGCAGGGGUGGCGGUCACAAGGGAAACCAAAUCAUCAUGGUGCUUGACGGUAUGGGUAAAGAGUUCGGCAGGGUCGACAUGAAGACCGCACAAGGUCUCACACCACUGAUCGACAGCGCGCAAACCAACGGUCUAAAGUGGCUGGCCUGGACUGAACCACGCCGGAAGCUUCCCAAUGAGGGACCACCUGGCAGUCAGAUCUCUGCACUUGUCGGUAUGACUUUACAGCUGUACUGUCCGCGUAAGUCUGCAGAUCACCUUGGAAGGCAUCUCAGGAGUAAGAAUCUUAUCCUUGAGAACCCCGUCUUCGAACUCGCACGCCAUGAUUACUACAAUCCGCAGUCCAAGGAGACUUUCCAGAAGAAUCAAGUGGGACAACCCGACUUCCAGAUGACCACUCAGUACGCCGUUGGUGGUCCUGCCACAAAUACCUACGUCCUUCGGAGUGUCGAUGAGAUCCGCGCUGAUGUCGAAGACGUCUUCGAUACGGUUGUCAGUGGCUCAGAAGAAGUUCCGAUUCGAGAACCUUCAACGCUCAUCAAAACCGAGCUGUACCCGCAUCAAAAGCAAGCGCUUUACUUCAUGGUCGACCACGAACAAGAACAUCCGCCAGAUAUCUACGAUCAACGCAAGGACUCCUUGUGGACUCCGAAGUAUCGGGAUAAUGGACGCAAGUAUUACAUGCACAUCAUCACCGGCGAACAGACGGAAGAUCAGCCCAGACCUAGUCUUGGUGGUAUCCUGGCUGACGAGAUGGGACUGGGUAAGACGCUUAGCAUCCUAUCACUCAUAUGCGACGAUGCCUCGAUUGCAUCCGCCAAAGACUUCUGCCAGAAGAGGCCACCCCCGAGGCCCUACCCAGCCAUGAUUCAGCCCACCAUCAACAGUCGAGCAACACUUCUCGUUUGCCCUCUCAGCACCAUGACGAACUGGAAGGAGCAGAUCAAGGAGCACUUUCCACAGGGCAAAAGCACCCUGAAGUGGAAGCGGUACCACGGUUCAGACCGGUUCAGCAUGACACCCGAGUUUCUUGCAGAUCACGACAUAAUCUUGACGACGUACCACAUCAUUGCAAAAGACCUCGCAGACAGAAAGCGAGCGUUGCCAUACAUUAACUGGUUCCGCAUUGUUCUAGACGAAGCACAUACCAUUCGCAAUCCGACCAAUCAGUCCAAGGCAGCAUGUAUGAUGAUGGGUCAGCGUCGUUGGGCUGUAACCGGUACGCCUGUCCAAAAUCGACUUGAAGAUCUUGGUGCCCUCUUCAACUUCAUCAAGCUGAAGCCUUUCGAUACACCCAGUGGCUUCAACCAGUUCAUUCUCGGUCCUUUCAAGAACGCUGACCCCAACGUUGUAACGAAGCUUCAGCUGCUUGUCAGCACCGUUACCAUUCGUCGUACUAAGGAGAUUAUCAAGGACGAGGUCCCCAAGAAGCUUGACUACGUUGUCAAAUUGCAGUUCUCUAAGGAAGAGCGGCAGCUACACGACUGGUUCGAGAAGGAUACUCAACGCAAGGUGGCUGCGGUCACCCAGGGCGAUAAGAUGGGUGGACGAUCAUACGCCAGGAUUUUGACCGCCAUCCUCAAUCUUCGAUUGAUCUGCGCUCACGGCCGUGAUCUGCUCAGUGAAGAAGCGCUCAAGACCACUGACGGCAUGACUUAUGAGAAGCCCAUGGAGAUAGAUGAAGAGGAGAGCGAUAGGCCGCAGCUUACACGUCAGCAGGCCUACGAGAUGCUCAAUCUCCUCGAAUCCACGAGUGCAGCUGACUGCCUGUACUGCCCAGACAAGAAGUCUCUGUUAGAUGCGGACUCUGACGACGAGGACGAGGAUGGCAACAUUCAGGACGAUAUUGGUUAUAUGACCACAUGCUAUCACCUGGUCUGCCCACGCCACAUCAAGAAGCUGAAGGACCAAUGGAAGGAAAACCUCAUGGCAGAUGGCUCAGUUCGAUGCCACGUUUGUGACGACGUCAACCGGCCCACGGUCCUCAAGCUCGAGCGCACGGACUAUUACAACUACAUUGAGGAGCAGAACCAGAUUCGAAAAGACCCAAAGUUGGCGAAAAAGAUCGGAAGUUACACCGGCCCGCAUACAAAGACUCAAGCUCUGCUCAACGACCUGCAAGAGUUCCGUGUAUGGAGCGAGCAAAACCCGGAUGAGAGGCCGAUCAAAAGCAUUGUAUUCUCCUCAUGGACCACACACCUCGACCUCAUCGAGAUCGCUCUUAAGAACGCCGGUCACUCGCUCGUCCGCCUAGACGGUCGCAUGACCCGCGAGAACCGCGACAAGUCCAUGCAAGCACUCCGCGAGAACCCGGCGGUCCGUGUCAUGCUCGUAUCCAUCGGUGCCGGAGGUCUCGGUCUCAACUUGACAACCGCCAACAAGGUGUUCAUGAUGGAGCCACAGUUCAACCCCGCGGCUGAGGCACAGGCCGUCGAUCGAGUUCACCGACUAGGCCAGGAUAGGGAGGUUACGAUCAAACGCUUCAUCAUGCAGGAUAGCUUUGAGGAGAAGAUGUUGGUGCUCCAGGGCAAGAAGAAGGCCCUAGCUGAUCUUACCAUGGCCAAGGAGCGUAAGAGCAAGGAGGAGGCUACCAAGCAGAGGUUGGAGGAGCUCAGGAGUCUAUUCAGGUAG